AAUUUUGUCAGAUUUCCAAAGUCCACGUUUAGUUUGCUGCGCUGGAAGGGAUAAGGUAAGCCAAGCACAAGACCUGACGCUAGGAACUGAGAGUUUCAUACCAUGCUGCAUUUCGUGUCUAUGACCGCCAGCUGGUGCCCUCCAAGCCAAAGUUGGGGAAGUUAACUUUUAUGGAGUGAAAGAACGACUGGUUGUCAAUGGAUCAGAGAGGUCUCCGUAAUUUAUAUGAAGUCAGUGGGUACGUUGUGCUUUCUGGAAGAUGUCAUCUGGACCCAGUCUCCAACACUACGAAAAUGAAGGGACAAAGAAAGUCGCGAUUGUUGGAGCUGGCUUGGUCGGUGCUUUAAAUGCAUGUUUCUUUGCAAAGCGAGGCUUCCAGGUGGAGGUUUACGAGGCACGGAAAGAUAUUCGAACUGCUAAAGAUGUACGAGGAAGAAGUAUCAACCUUGCCUUGUCGUACAGAGGCCGGCAAGCCCUCAAAGCCGUUGGAAUGGAAGACCAGGUGGUUUCCAAGGGUAUUCCCAUGAAUGCAAGAAUGAUCCAUUCUCAUUUGGGCAAGAAGUCCUCGCUUCCAUAUGGAAAAAAGGGCCAGUACAUCCUGUCGGUGGACAGAGCAAACUUAAACCGAGAACUGUUAUAUGCGGCUAGCGACUAUCCAAAUGUUAAGUUAAACUUUGAAGAGAAAUUGCAACACUACAGUUUGGAGAAGGGGUCACUGACUUUUAUCAGACCUGAUGGCUCCUUUGAAGUUUCACAUGAUCUUGUUGUUGGAUGUGACGGAGCUUUUUCAACUGUAAGGAGACAGUUCAUGCGACAGGCCAGGUUUGAUUACAGCCACGUAUAUAUCCCGCAUGGUUAUAAAGAGCUUACCAUGCCUCCUAGAAAUGGUGAUUUUGCAAUGGAACCCAAUUUUCUUCACAUAUGGCCCAGAAACACCUUUAUGAUGAUUGCUUUGCCGAACCUGGACAAGUCAUUUACGUGCACUCUGUUCAUGCCUUUUGAAGACUUUGAGAAACUCACGACAGGAGAUGAGGUGCUUCAGUUCUUCAAGGAAUACUUUCCAGAUUCCAUACCUCUGAUAGGAAUUGAGUCGCUGAAGCAGGAUUAUUUCCGUUUGCCAGCCCAGGCCAUGAUCUCGGUGAAGUGUUCCACCUAUCACAUUGGGGCCAAGUGUGUACUAAUGGGAGAUGCAGCUCACGCUGUCGUUCCUUUUUAUGGGCAAGGCAUGAAUGCCGGUUUUGAAGAUUGCAUCGUCUUCGAUGAAUUAAUGGACCAGCUUCACAAUGACCUUUCUAAAUGCCUUCCUGAGUUUACAAGACUACGUGUUCCUGAUGAUCAUGCUAUUGGAGAUCUGGCCAUGUACAACUAUGUGGAGAUGCGCGAGCAUGUGAACUCAAAAUGGUUUAUUUUCCGUAAAUAUGUGGACACUUUCCUCCAUUUCUGUAUGCCGAAGACCAUUGUGCCACUGUACACCAUGGUGACUUUUAGCAGAAUACGUUACCAUGAGGUGAUAAAACGGCAUAAAUGGCAGUGCAAGGUAAUCAAUUCCAUUCUAUUUGUCAUGGGAGCAUCGGCAACAAUAACAGGAGCAGUACUGCUUUUCCACCACUUUCCCAAGUCGCCUCACCUCCUGGUGCUGCAGAACUGGAAUUAUAGCUUCAAAUAACCAAAUGAUAAACCAAAUCUUUGCAGUUUUAUAACAAAAGACAAAUGAGCUCACAGUGUGGAAUUUACAAAUAAUGAUCAUAAUAUGGAUUUACAGGUACACCAAAAGUUUGGAGCUGAUGAAAAAUGCUUGUUGCCCACUGACAUUUAGCACUGCCUGUAAUAAGUAUAAUUUAUUAAUGAUUUAUUUAUUAAUUAUUA